AUGGAAAAGAUCGUGGAGGAAGCCAAAUACACUUACAGACGUAAAGAAUACCAGCAAUGCAUAGGGUAUGCCAACGAAGGGCUUCGCCUCGCCAAGGAUAUGGGAGAUAAGCAAGGAGAGGCAAGAGCGUGUGGUCUUCUGGCAUGGUCAUAUUACUGGUGUGGAGAUUACGAAGGAAGCAUAAAAUUCGGGAAAGAAUCAUUAUGUACUGCCAAGGAUGCUGGGGAUAGGUUACUAGAAGAAGCAGCGGCUGGUGUUCUAGCCAGGUCGUAUUACAUGGUUGGAGACUACAAGCAAAGCAUCGAAUACGGCCGUCACUCACUAAGUAUCACCGUCAAGGAUUUGGCGAAAACGGUACAAGAAGGAGAUGUGGGUAGUGUUCCUUAUGAACUAAGCCCAGAAUAUAGCGAAAAAGCGUUGAGUAUGGGAAAUAAAGUUCGGGAAGAACAUGCAUGCUGUGUUCUAGCUUGGUCGUAUUUCCGCGAUGGCGACUUUAAACAAAGUAUAUAUUACGGAAAACAAUCACUUUCAAUCGCUACGGAAUUGGGGGGUAGGGGACGGCAAGCAGCGGCGGGCGAUGUUUUGGCGUGGUCGUAUUAUAGGGUUGGAGACUUUGAACAAAGCAUAGAAUACGGUAAGCAGUCACUAAACAUUGCCAAGGAAAGGGGGCUCAGCUCACGGGAGGAUGAUGCAUGUCGUGUUCUAGCUUGGUCUUAUUUUGAGUUAAAGGACUAUACACACAGCAUAGAGUACAGCGAACAAUCACUGCGUAUUACCAAGAGAAAUAGAGAUAGGGUAGCGGAAGCAGAUUCGUGCGGUGUUCUCGCGUGGUCUUAUUAUGAGGUAGGAGACUAUGAAAAAAGUAUUGAAUACGGCAAUCAAUCAGUGAGUAUCGCUAACAAAGAACCUGACGUGGAACAAAGGGUGCGAAUUGCAGAUGCGUACGGUGCUCUGGCCUGGUCAUAUUACAAGCUUGGUUGCUUAGAACAAAGUGUACAAUACGGCAAACAAUCACUAAAAAUUGCCAUGGAAAAAGGAAAUAGGGUACUAAAAGCAGAAGCGUGCCGUGUUCUAGCAUGGUGUUAUUUACUGCUUGGAGACUCUACACAAGACUAUACUCAGAGCAUCGAAUACGGUAAACAGUCACUAACUAUUGCAAAGGAAACAGGGAAUAAAUUGUGGGAGGCAGAAGCGUGCCGUGUUCUCGCCAGGUCGUAUUAUAAAGUUGGAGACUUCAAACAAAGCAAAGAACACGGCUCACAAUUGCUGAGUAUUGCCAAGGAAGAGGGAAAUAAGAAAGUGGAAGCAGAGGCGUACGAUAUCCUAAUGACUUCGCAUUUGCUAGACUCAGACGUGAGGGCUAAUGAAUUUGAAGGAACUAUGACAGAAGCUGAAACCCAGGCCACAGGAGGACUUACUAACAUUAGCUCAGGUAAAGCUUUUACCAUUUAAACCAUAUUUUUCCCUCAUUCAGUGAACAAAAAUUGGUUUUGCAUUGGUUUGUGAAUGGCUGUGUGGAAUUAUAUGAAUCGCUUGUGUUGUAUUGAGUUAAGCUGCAACAGAAUAGCCAACUGCAGCACUAAAACUGGAUGUAAUAGUUGUGUUAAGAUAAUACACCAUAUAAAACUGUAUUUUGUAGGUAGUUGCAGAAAUACGCUUGCGUUCCCAGGCUGGCCGUUUUACUGCUUGGAGACGAGUAAAUCAGUCAAUAUUAACUCAUUGUCCCCAAGUUUUUUUCGGCUGCUUCGGGGCUCAACCACCCCAUAAAGUUAAUAAGGCUCACUUAUUAUCAGUAUUAACCCUGUUCAGACUAGGUGGGGCUUUCGAGCCCCGCCCCCCCCCCCCUGAAUUUUUACAGUGAAGAAUUUUAAAACUGCUCAAGCUAUAAUCACUAAACUUAGCAACAUUUCUUAAAGUUUAAGUGGAAACCUUUUAAAUGUUGAGACAAUUACAAUGUACGGUUACCUCGAUCUGAAAGGCCUUUGAAUAAAUUAUUUCAAAAAGGCGGAUCCCAGAUGGUGGAUGCUAGAAUAAACGAAACUUUCAUUAAAUGCAUUCUCUGUAUAUCGCUAACACGCAAUUUUUGACUAAAAAAGCUGUUUGUAAUUUAUCACGUAAGAUUUUUCACCCAAUUUUAUUUAGAUUGAGAAUAGAGAGGGGAGGUGUGACGUCACGAAACCAUGGUAGCAAAAUUUUAAGCAACAACGACGACAACGGCAACGAGAACGGGCAAGCAAACGAUACGUUUAUAUUAGCAAAACAUUAACUUGGAGCGUGCAUCAUAUUUUUUUGUACAUUUCCUAGCCGUCGUUGCACGACUACGACUUGAAACUUCCUAAUUUCAAGCGCCCAUUUAUGGAGUACGUGAACCCAACAGAAAAAGAAUUUCUUUUUCUUUUUCUAAACUUGGAUGUGGUCCUUUCGCAUUUCAACUUUAUCCUCAGAAUAUUCGCCAACAUUUGACAAAUUAAAUGAAAUGAAGUUUGAAACAGUGUGUAUGCAGUUUUUAAGUGACGUUUUUGGUUUGAUGACAUCCAGAAUUUGUACUAUACCAUUGCAACGUGACGUAACGACUUGCAAUGGCCUUGUUGGCUCCUCAGCAUGUACCAACAACAUUUUUUUUGCCGAAAAAUAUGCCUAAAGACCCUUCCAGGCGGCACUGUAGCGCUUGUGAAAAGUGACGCCAUGGGCAAGAAAUGGUUUCAUUUGUUGCAGAAUUAAGCAAUUUCGGAAGUUUCAGUCCCUUCUUUUACUUUAAAUGACGCCAAUGAACCCACGUCCCUGCAAUUGUGUGUUAGCCUACUUCAUGAUCGUAUCCUAAACAUUCCUAUUUUCAUUUCUUUUCAUUUCAUAUUUAUAUCCAUUUUUGCGUAAAUAAAAUAGAGGUAAUAUAUGAAAGUUCGCACGUAAACGUUAACGUUUUAAAACAUUGCUUCCAUUACGCCCUGAUUGCCUCUAUCAUCUAUUUGAGCACAUAAAGUUAACGCCCGUACGCAAGUAAAUCUUACGGGACAGUGGCCAUAUCUUGAGCCAUCUAAUAAGGUUUUCUUCUUUUGCGCAGCUGUAUUCCCUGGUUUUCAUCCUGGUACAGACAAAGAUUAUAAGAUGAUAGCUAUCCCAAGAGGAAUAACGCUGAUUGUUAACAACAAGAUUUUUGCCAGCGAAGCACAUCCACCUCGUCACGGGUCGGAAAAAGAUGUUGAUCAAAUUGAAACGUUGUUUACUAAGCUCGGUUUUGAGGUACGAAAGAGAGAGAACCUUUCAAGACUACAACUCUUAAAGGAACUUGAUGAUGUUGCCUGCCAGGAUCACAGUGCUUAUGACUGUUUUGUGUUGUGGCUCAUGAGCCAUGGCAGAAGUGGUGAGGUGUUCUGUUCUGACGGUAACACGAUACCUAUUCAGACUCUUCAUGAUAUGUUGAGCGAGUGCAAUACGCUAAGGGAUAAACCAAAGCUGUUUUUCAUCCAGGCAUGCAGAGGUGACGGAGAAGACGAGGGGGUGUCUGUUUCCGCUAAUACCGGUAUUUCAUCUUACGAACAGCAUAGUCCCAGCCAAGUUGAUUCGCCCAUUGAUGCCGUGAAGAAACCUACACCCAGAGUCCCCACACAUGCAGAUUUUCUGUACGCAUUUUCUACAGUCGAUGAGUAUGUAUCGUACAGACAUAAGGCUCUAGGAAGCUACUAUGUUCGCGGCCUAGUUGAGGCAUUCCGUGAACGUGCGGUUUAUGACCACCUUCUCGAUAUUUUAACAGUAGUCAACCAGAAAGUCAGUACCAUGGAAGCCAACAUGCCAUCGGUGGGGAACAAGAAUGAAAUCAAAAUUUUAAAACAAAUGCCAGAAGUUAAACAUACCUUGCGCAAAAAAGUUCGUUUUUAG